GCCGGGCAACGCUGCGGACGCGGUGGGACCGCGCCCGUGGCCAUGGCCUCCAAGGGGAGCAAAAAGAAGGAGUCCGGCGGUCAUGGCAGCGACUCCCCCAAAGGGACACCUGCAUCUUCCCAGCUAGGUGCUUCCAAUGAGAAGUGCAGAUUUCCUAUUUGGCCAGAAUGGAAUGAUGCAGAUAUCAAUGCAGAAAAAUGGGAUCCUGGGAAACCUGGAAAAGAAAAAGCUGGAAAAGGUCAAAUUUCGCAAUUCUUUGAUGAUCCCGAAGGGAAAGUAGAGUUGCCAGCAUCCUUAAAAGUACAUUCAUGGAAACGUCCACAAGAGUUUUUAACAAAACAGGUUCCUGUGGUUGUCCAAAAUGAAACUUCAUUUGACCUUGUUUCAGCAAAUGAGCAUAUAUUUUGUAGUGAGCUGAUGAGGUGGAUUGUAAGUGAGAUUUAUGCUGUCUGGAGGAUAUAUAAUGAAAAGUCCUUAACUAGUGAAGUACCCACACUUUUUUGGAAACCAUGGGAACACAUUUAUGCUUUAUGUAAAGCUACCAAGGAACACAUGCCACUGUACAAUAAAUUUGGAAAAUAUGUAUUGAAACUUUACUGGAUGGGGUGCUGGAGAAAGAUCAUUGUGGAUGACACUAUGCCUUUCAAUGAAGAGGAGAAUUUGUUAUUACCAGCUACAACCUGUCAAAAUGAACUUUGGCCAAUGUUGCUGUCCAAAGCUCUCAUUAAGGUAGCAAACACUAGUAUACCUGAAACUGGAAAAAGAGAGCUGGAGGAAUUUACAGUUUUGCAUACACUGACUGGAUGGAUACCAGAAGUUAUUCCUCUUCAGUCUGAAUACUUGGGCAAAGUUUGGGACUUCUUGAAAGAGAUUGUACCAGAAUUCAAGUUGCCUGAUGAGAAGACUCCAGAAAGUGAUACUACUCAGCCAGAUACAAAACCUGAAGAGCCCAAAGACUCAGAGUUGAAAAAUGAAGUUUCAUCUGUAAAAAAGCAGUCAGUAUCAUCUGACAAAGUAGAGGCAACUGAUAACAUUGGCAAAGAAUCUUCCGUGCCAACCCAGCCAGAAAUGGUCGUGUACGCUGGCUGUGUACCACUUCAUGUGUUUGAAGAGGAUUUUUUUUCAUUAAAACAGAUGUCUGAUUCUUCAGAGAAGAUGAGGCAAUAUGGGCUUUCCCACAUACACAGCCAUCCUGUCCUCAUCACUAGAACUAGAUCCUGUCCUCUGGAAGCACCACCACAAGAACCACCAGUUCCAGGUUGGAAGAUUUUCCGUCAGAAGAAGGAAGUUGUUUUGACAUCUGAACCCAAAGAGCCUGAAGUAAAAGCACCUGAAGAACAUGUUGAAAUUGCUAGCCUAUUUUUGAAUUACAAAUUGAAUUUUAUCAGAAUACCAACAGACACCCACUUUCCACGGUCUACCAUCACAAAAGGAUUUCAUUUUGUAUCCCGUCUCACUUCUGUUACUGAAAGUGAUGAAAAUGAAAGUGACAAUAAUGUGGAUAUGAAUCAAAAUGCAGAAGAUAAUUCUCAGGAGAACCAGCAAAAUGCAGAGAUACCCAGUAAAGAAGAAUUACAUAAAACUGUCAGUUUUGCUGCAAAACAAGUGUCAGAAACAGCUGAUACUGAUAUGAAGAACCAGACAGGAGAUGAAUCGAAGGAAGAAACAGAGUCAGAAAAGACUUCUGUUUCCAGGGAAACCUGGAUUAGCUUUGAGGACUUCUGUGUUUGUUUCCAGAACCUGUAUGUUUUCCACAAUCCAGAUACAUAUGCUUAUAAUUAUCAGAAGACAGAUUUUAAGUUUACUAAUGACCCAGUCAUCUAUUAUUUACUUGUGGACAGUCUGAUGCCCACUGAAAUCAUAGUCAGCUUUUCUGCUUUAGUGCACUGGGAUGAUACUGGAGGAACUAAACAAGAAUGUUCCAGUAUUUCAAAGGGUGUGCUGACAGUUGAACAUUUCUCUUGGAAAUCUGUGACUCCUGGAGAGCUUGUGUUAAAGAUGCAUACAUCUGCCACCAAAGCUACUGUGUUAAAUCUUCCUACUGGGCGACACACAUUACUCUUCACAGUAAGUUCUCCCAUUGGGCACCAUAUUAAUCUGUGUACCACGGUGCCGUGUGUCUUUGGAGAAGAGGAUGCUGUGAUGCCAGCCCUUGAAAAGGAGAGCUCUCGGUUUACAGAACAAGCUACAGCUAUCCUGAAAGCUGUUGGAAAUGUGAUAAAUAAUUACAGCAGUGAGGAUGAGCUUUCUAAAGCCUUGAAGGAACUGGAACUAACUCUCUGUCCUCCUGGUAUCCAUGGUACUGAAAUGGCUGAAGAACUCUACAAGGUUUUCAAUAUUGCAUUUUGGUAUUUGAUCAAUUAUGUAAUAGACAAGAAGACUUCUUACAGAUACAAACUUGCCUUCAGGUCUUUCACUUUGGAUUUUGAAGACUUUAAGAUUUCUGGGGAUGACCCUGUGUUUUCAGAGACCAGUGAGCAGAAUCUCAGUAGUUGGCAGGACCGAACUCCCACAUCUGAAGAACAAGCAGCAGCUCUCAAAAUUCAAGCCAUCUGGAGAGGGUCCUAUGUUAGGACAGUACUGAAGAGCAGAAGACCAGGUACUAGAGAAAAUGCUAGUGUUGAAGAAACCUUGAAAACAUUGUGGUCUCUGAUUGAAUUAAAUUUUGAACAGUGUGCUGUAAUGUUGUUAAGAGAAAUGUUUAAAAGAAACUUUAAGUCAAUUGAAAAGUUUCCUUGUUAUGAAGAUGAAUGGUGUAAAAUGUCUUUUGCUGACUAUGAUGUAACGUGUGCUGAUCACCCACCACAUGUGUGGUUUUUGGUUUUCAGAGAAAUAUUUAUUGUUCCAGAAGACAUGCUUAUAGUGACAAAGGUGUAUACCACUAUCCCUUCUUGCAGACUUCGUGUUGUUGAUAAUGACACACUGGAGGAAAUGACACAUGUCUUUUUCGAAGUGGUACCUCAGGUUUAUCCCAAAAAUGAGAAAGGAUACACUUUUAUGGCUGAAGCACACACUGAUGACCAACCUGUGACAGCUGGAAAAUGGAAGCUCAGGCUCAUGAGUUCUCAUAGUCCACUUCCAUUUCUCUCUCGUGAGGCUGUAAAAAAUGUCUAUUCUACUAGAUUGUUUAAAGGGCAUUACAUACCCAACAAAGAGAAUAUAAUGUUUAGGUAUUUAGUAAAAGUCAAAGCACCACAUACUGUUACAGUGCAUGUACAAACCUCUAAAUCAGAUGUGUUCAUUAAACUGCAAGUCCUAGAUAAUGAGGAAGAAAUUAUAAGUGUCGCUGGAAAAGGCCAUGCAGUCAUCCCUGUUUUUAAUUUCCUCAGUAAUGAAUCACCUUUGAGCUCCCACUCAAAAAUCUCACAGAUUGUUCAAAGCAGUACAAAGAAGGAAUCAGAAACCGGACAUUCAAAAAAAAAAAGUCGUGAUUCAAUUUCAAAGGACAGAAAAACUUCUUCCAAGCCAGAACUUAUACAAGAAGGUUCACCUAUGUCAAUAGAUGAAUCUUUGGAAAUGAUAGAUGAAAGUUUGGAAAACUUUCAAAAUUCUGUUGGAAGUCCACAACAAUCUCACAAGUACAUGAUUCAGGCAGUAGUGUUGUAUGAGAGUUGGCCAAUUCCCGAGGAUCAGUCUCUGUCUCUUCAGGAACUGAAGGAAGAGGAGAAUGAUGAAAUCAAAGGACAAGAGUUUGCAAAUAUUCCUAGAUCAACCAGAAAACAUAGAGCAUCUGAGAAGAUAGAAAGAGAGAAGUCUCAAAGAGGAUCGAUUGAAUCUCAGCAAUCAUUUUUGAGCAAACCACACUGGACUUUACGUGUAGUUAGUGAACAGAAAGAGGUGGACGUUCUGGAGAUGAAGAAAGACACCCAGAAAGCAGAUGAAAUCAGAGCCAUGAAACAAGCCUGGGAGUCUGCAGAGCCAGGAAGAGCUGCCAAGGCUUUUCAGGAACGUAUGCGUUUUAUUAAUAAGUGUGCUGUGAGAGAUUCAGAGGAGUCCAGAGCUGGGGCUGAGACCACCAGUGUAACGCCUAGUUCAGGAGAAAAAGGAAUGAAAGCCCCACAAGCAGCUAUUGACUCAAGAUUACAAAGGCAGAAAAAAAAAUGGGAGCUUGUAGACCUUAGUCCUUACCUGAGAAAAACAAGGUCUGAAUCUGUGCUGAGAAAUGAGUCUAUCAUUCAAGAGCAGCAGAUACGUAAAGAGGAAAAAGUUAACCAUUUUAGGGAACUUCAAAAGCUGGUUUUGGAGCAAAGAGAAAAAGAAGAAAAUGACAGAGCUUUAUUGAAGCAAAAUAUACUUGAAAUGUAUGAGAAUCUGCAGGCAUCCUUAGAUGAAACACGAGUCAGAGUUCACAGCAUUCGGGAAGCAUACAGAAAUAAUCUGCUAGAGGCUGAGCUCAGAAAACAAGAAGAACUGGCAGCUCAGGAAGCAGCCUUGAAAGCAGAGAAAAAGAAGAAAAGCACAGACAAAGCCAAGCCCGGUAAAGGUUUGGGGAAAAAAAAGUAGUUGCUAUCAUUAGUGAAUUGCAUUUAACAGCAUGGGAAAGAAAGUUGAUAUGCAAAGAUGAGAAAGAAUGUUUGUUACUUUGCGGUAUUUUUGGCAACUGUAUCACAUUUUAUCUUUUUGUCUGUUGCUAGUGAAAAAAAUGAUCUGGUAUUCUUUUUAACAAAAUGUUUGUUAUUUUGCUUUCCAUAAAGCUACUCACUACUAUUAAAGUUU